GGUCCGGUCGAGUCCGGCUCUGGUAAACGGAGAUGGGGACGUCAGACGCGCCAGCUGCCGAGGAUCCUCCCGGCAGGAGUGAGGACGGCGCGUGCAGCGUGCAGGCCAUGGCGUUCAUCAGUGAGGAAAAUUCGGCUCCACUUGCGACCGAUCUGUCUGCUUGUUCGGGGAAGUCUGAACCGAGCGCCAGUGGUGCUGAGCGUGGCAGCUGGGGAUCCCAGCUGGAGUUCCUGCUCUCCUGCCUAUCCUAUGCUGUCGGACUGGGAAAUAUCUGGAGGUUUCCCUACCUGUGCUACCAGAAUGGCGGAGGAGCGUUUCUGAUUCCGUACGUGCUGAUGCUGUUCUGCACGGGCGUGCCGCUGUUCUUCUUCGAGCUGACUCUGGGUCAGUUCAGCAGCCGCGGGCCGAUCGCCGUGUGGAGCAUCUGCCCUUUGUUCCAAGGCAUUGGUUACGCCAUGUUCUUCAUCUCGCUCUUUAUCGGUAUCUACUACAACAUGAUCCUGGCGUGGACGCUGUUCUACUUGUACUCCAGCUUCACGGACAGCCUUCCCUGGAACAGCUGCGACAACUGGUGGAACACCGACGCGUGUCGCCGCUUCGACGCGAGGAACUGCACGCUGGCCGGCGGCCUGCUGAACGGCACCGGAGGCUGCGUGCUGAAGAGCAAGGUGGAUGACGGCACCUGGGCCUCGCUGAGCGAGGCGGCCGGCAGUCUGAAGAUGCCCGCGGAUGAGUUCUUCCAUAACUACAUGCUGAACAUCACGGAGGGCAUACACACGCCGGGCGGCAUGCGGUGGCCGCUGGUCCUCUGCCUGCUGGUGGCCUGGACGCUCGUCUUCCUGGUCUUGCUGAAGGGCGUCAAGAGCUUCGGCAAGGCAGUGUACUUCACGGCCACGUUCCCGUACCUGAUCCUGCUGUGUCUGCUGGUGCGUGCCGCCACCCUGCCCGGCUACGUGGACGGCAUCUAUUUCUACCUGACGCCGCGCUGGGAGAAGUUGGCCAGCGCUAAGGUGUGGGCAGACGCGGCCAUCCAGAUAUUUUUCUCUCUGUCACCGUGCUGGGGCGGUCUCAUCACCCUGGCCUCCUACAACAAGUUCCACAACAACCACUUCAGGGACGCCAUAAUCAUCUCGUGUGGUAAUUGUUUCACGAGUUUCUUCGCUGGCUUCGUGAUUUUCGGGAUCGUCGGUUUCAUGGCGCAUGAACUUGGGGUGAAGGUGGAAGACGUGGUGGCCCAAGGCCCCGGCCUGGCAUUCAUCGCCUACCCGGAGGCGGUGUCGCGCCUGCCCGUGUCGCCGCUCUGGUCCGUCCUCUUCUUCUCCAUGCUGCUCACGCUGGGACUGGGCACGCAGUUCACCCUGCUGGAGACAGUGAUCAGCACGGUCACUGACCUCUACCCCCACCGACUGCGUCAGCACCACACAUGGGUCCUCCUGGGCAGCUGUCUGUUUAUGUUCGGCUGUGGCCUUCCCUUGUGCAGCAGCGGUGGUCUGUACAUUCUCACUCUGCUGGACAGCUACGCGGGCACCUUCUCGGCGCUGACCGUGGGUAUGGCUGAGGUGCUGGUCGUGGCGCACAUCUACGGGGCCGACCGUCUUCUGGACGACAUCCGCACCAUGCUCGGCUACUACCCCUUCCACUACGUCUGGUGGAAGUGGUCCUGGAAGCUCGUCACGCCCGUGAUGGUGACGGGUCUGCUGCUAUUCACUUGGAUCGACCACUCGCCACUGACGUACGGCGCCUACGAGUUCCCGCUGUGGGCGACGGCGGUGGGCUGGAUCAUCUCCCUCACGUCGGUCGCCAUGAUACCGCUGGUGGCCGCCAUCAAGCUGUGCAGCAUGGACAGCAGUUUGUCGCUCAUGCAGAGGGUGCGACGCCUGACGAGUCCGGACGCCCCCUGGGGACCCGCCCUGCCUGUGCACCGCACCGAGGCCAAGAUGGCGGCCCGAGGGACCCACCACGGGUCCCAGCAGAUUUGCAACGAUUUUACCCUUGGUAGUUUCUCGGAAGAGAGUGGAGAGGACAGCAUUCCGUAUUGAUUUGUACACCUUGAGUCGCGUCAUCCCUGUCGUCGCACCUAUGGCGACAAUAUGACGACAACGACUGGCUGGAAUGCGUCGGGCACCCAGUGCUGAAUCAGCUGUUAUUGUGACGCGACAUGACAUUCACGCCGUGGUGGGCGUAGCGUCUUCCACGCCCUCAACGGCAUCACAUACACUUCUUUGGCAUGUCACGCAAAUGCCUGCGGUUGGAGAUGUUUCAUAUUUGUGGAGUGAUGCUGGAACUUUUGGAUACUUUUCCGUAACGGUAAUUGGUGAUCUGCAAUAUGGUAAAUGAUCACGGACAAGACGGUGAUAUACAGCGUGAAUCAAGACCAAGUGCAAUAGGUUCUUGUCCACGAGUGGCGGUGCUUUGUAUUGUGCACGUUUGCACAAUUGUAGGCUGUUUCAUGGUGUGGCGUAUGAAGUAAGCAUGUGUUUUGUGAGAUAUUUCAUAUGAAAGAACAGGAAAAGGAUAAGGCAGUGUUCCAGCACUGUGUCUCUGAAGAGGAGCCGCAACCCCAUCCACUGAAUGGUUAGCUCAAUCAGUGAGAUCAAUAUUGGAACCAUAGUUCCCCUAAAAUGUCGUAAAAUGCUCUCUAGAACGACGCGUGUUUCUCUACUUGUUAGAGAUUAGCACCGCAGCCCCAAGGAGUUUUUUAACUCUUCAUUUCCUCCCAUGACUAUCGUUUCAGAUGGUUCCAGUCGCUCGCUAAGCCUCAUCUCUUUAUCGUUAUGACAAGGGAAGCGUGUACCCAACGCCGUCUGGGUAUUUAUAUGCAUCAUGUCAGAAGUGAAAAUAAAUAAAUGUUGAUGAGAAUUACGUCAAAAUAAAUGAAUACUGG